AUGUUAGGUUAGUUUAAUGUCACUUAUUAUUAGUUAGAAAUGUUAGAAUUUUUAUUUAUAAAAAAUAUAAUAUUAAUAAUAUUAUUAAAUUUUAUAUAAAUAAUGAAUGUAAAUAAAUAGAUAGAAAAAAAUAAUAGAAAAAAUAAAGAAGAAAUAUCAAUAUAAUUAUAUUAUGAAGUGAUAUGGAAUGAGAUAUCAGAGUUUCUUAUAUUGAAAAAAUUAAUAUAAAUAUUUAAAUAUGAUGAGAGUAUUAGAAUUAUACAGUGGUAUUGGUGGAAUGCAUUAUGCUCUUCAAGAAAGUGGUAUUAAAGGUGACAUUGUUGCAGCAGUUGAUAUAAAUACUGUUGCAAAUAGUAUAUACAAAUAUAAUUUUCCAAAUGUAUUACUUUUGAAUUGUAAUAUUCAAUCACUUUCUGCACAAGAGAUAAAUAAUUUAAAUAUAGAUACUAUCUUAAUGAGUCCUCCAUGUCAACCUUACACAAGAAUAGGACUUCAAAAAGAUAUAUUGGAUAACAGAUCUUCUUCAUUGCUUCAUGUUCUUUCAUUGAUUCCUCAAAUAAAAACAUUAAAAUAUAUUCUCCUUGAAAAUGUAAAAGGAUUUGAAAAGUCUGAAAUGAGAAAUGCUCUAUUAAAAUGCAUAAAUACUAGUGGAUUUAAUUAUAAGGAAUUAAUUCUAAGUCCUUGUCAAUUUGGUAUUCCAAAUACCAGAUAUAGAUAUUAUUUAUUAGCAAAAAAAAACAAUCUUGAAUUUUGUUUUGAUCAAUCUAUAUUAAAUUUUGAAUUAUCAGAUUCUAUUUUAAAGAUUCUUCCUAAAAGUAAAUAUAAUUUAUUAGCGGAAAAAAGUUAUACUCAAGAUUCUAAAACAGAUAAAAAUUGUUAUACAUUGGAAAAUAUUCUAGAGCAUGUUGAAGGAUCACAAUAUUUAAUUCCUAAAAAAUUGUUGGAAAAAAGAGUUUGGUUAAUGGACAUACGAACAUCACAAAGCAAUGGUUCUUGUUGUUUUACAAAAGCUUAUAGCCACUAUGUAGAAGGGACAGGUUCUGUAUAUUGUCCAUAUUCAGAAAAAACAAUUAAAGAAGCAUUUUCAGAAGCAAAUAAAUAUGAAAGACAAUCAUUAGAAGUAUCAAAAAUUCUGGAAAAAUUAAUGUUACGAUAUUUUACACCUAGAGAAAUAUGUAGAUUAAUGUGUUUUCCUGAAGAAUUCAUAUUUCCAGAAUAUAUAACAGAUAAACAAAAAUAUAGAUUAUUGGGAAAUUCAAUUAACAUAUAUGUGGUUAGCAGAUUAAUAUUUUUAUUACAUAUUGAAAGAAAGAUUACAUAAUAUAUUUAUGUAAAUAUAUCUCAUAUAUGUUUCUAAUUAAAAAAAAUAUAUUUUUUUAUAUUUUAAA